CAUGGAAUGCCCUCAAGCCAAAUACAAGAUGGAGUGGUUCCGGUGUACAUGUACAUGUGUGCUUGCAUGGAUAACGCGUGCUUGCAGACAUGUACAUAUUGGAGCAAGUCCAGGUCUUGUCAUUGCUGAGUACAGUAACGUUACUAUGCGCCUAUUCACAGAGACUGCAACCUCCUAUUUCCGCCUCCUCGCUUUUUGUGAUUGUUCUCUUGCAGCUCCGCCGCGUCCCCUGAGAGAGAUGUACCGAAGGCGGGUGCUUGUCAGCGGGAAAACAUCCAUCGUCGCUUGCAAGAUACGCGGCUACCCGAAGCCGCAGAUCCGGUGGGCGAGGGACGGCGCCGUUAUCGACGGCGGCAAUCCACGCUACUCAUAUCUGUCCGACGGAUCCCUGGUGAUACGACACACGUCGCAGGUUGACGCUGGUCACUUCGUGUGCAUGGCUGAGAACCCGCUGGGCAAGAGGAACAUCAGUGUUCAGGUCUCCAUUGUUGGCCAGCCCAACAUGGAAUCUCCCAUUAUCAUCAAGGCGCCCCGUAACCGCAAAGCCAGGCCCGGUGGCAGCGUAACGCUGACGUGCAGUGCCGUUGGCAGUAACCUGCUGGAGAUCAACUGGGAGUUCCUCGGCCAGAACCUGUCAUCGCAGCCACUCAGACUGCGCCAUCGUCAGCUGCAGAAUCCACACGACGGCAACGGCCUACUCACAGUUGUCAGCGAGCUGGUAAUAUCUUCAGUUUCGAUUAACGAUGUGGGCCGCUACAGAUGCAUAGCGUCAAAUCUCAGUGGCUGGACAUCGGCAUCUGGAGAGCUCGCCCUGAACACGCAGAGAUAGAACACUAUAUCACAAUCAGCGCCCGUGCGGUUAGUCAUAGACCUAUCAAAUUGCCUGAACGGGCGUUCGAGACUUCAAGCAUGCAUUAUUGCAACACUAUUUUGAUCACGGCAUUUCGGUGCGGAACUUGAGAGAGCAAUGAGAGAACUUGAGAGCUAGCGUGUGUCAUGUGAUGAUGAGCAAACUGAAUCAUUUUAUCAUUGCAAUCAUGCAUUUAGAAAUCACUUCUGCAGUAUUGAGACCGUCCUGCAAGAUGAAGAUACCUAUCGAAUAUCCUUGUCUUCUGCGUAUUGUCUCUAAUAAGAAAAUGAAAAGCAACUAUUGUCUCUAUACAAGUGGCGCUUACCAAGUCCAUAUCAGCCUUUUCAUCAAGCUGAAAUGAGCAUCAUGCGCUUACCAAGUCCAUAUCAGCCUUUUCAUCAAGCUGAAAUGAGCAUCAUUGGGAAUAACAUGAGAGUAUAGGCGGUAUAUGCCGCUAUACCAUUUCAAUUGUGCUUUUUCUUCACACCCGCUUUGUUUAUCAUGUCUUUUCAAUUGUAGUCGUGCGCAAAUCAUAUAUUCUUGACGCCCACCUCACAACGGAAUCACCUUGGAAACGCAAUCGUGUAUCUGCUAUACUUUCACAAUUCAACCAUGAGCGCUAUUAUUCUAUCACCAAAUUAAAGUUGAGAUGCUGGCUGCUGAGCUAAGCCGCAGAUAGCCUUCAGUGUUAUCACUUCUUGACAUCAAUCCCACUAACUAAUACAUACACAGUGUGCAUCAGUCACGUCAAGUUCACUGGGAAAAACUAAAAUGUCACAAUGAUCAUGUCUUUUCUCGAGAAAA